GAAAAGAUAAUUGAUUGAGGGGGAUCUUUCACUCAAAGAUCAUGUAGGUUUUCCGACGAAUAAUAUAUAAUCACUGAACACUAAUUAUUUACAAUAGGGAUCAUGUAAACAUGAACAUUCUCUUUGAAAAGCUUCUUUCUCAAUUUCCUCAAGUCAUUCCUUGGUCUUUUGCCAUAGUUAUAAUCUCUCUUCAUGUUAGUUCUGUGAGUCUACCAAACUAUGAAAGUAUCCCAGCAGUGAUUGUGUUUGGGGACUCUAUAGUGGAUACGGGUAACAAUAACUACAUCAACACCAUAGCAAAAUGCAAUUUUCUACCAUAUGGUAGAGAUUUUGGUGGAGGAAAUCAACCAACUGGGAGGUUCAGCAAUGGUUUAGUCCCAUCAGACAUCAUAGCUGCAAAAUUUGGAGUCAAGGAGCUUUUGCCACCUUAUCUUGAUCCAAAAUUGCAACCUCAAGAUCUCCUCACAGGUGUAAGCUUUGCAUCUGGUGCUAAUGGAUAUGAUCCUCUAACUUCUAAAAUAGCAUUAGUGUGGUCAUUGUCAGAUCAACUGGACAUGUUCAGGGAGUACAAAAACAAGAUAAUGGAAAUAGUUGGAGAAAACAGAACGGCAACAAUAAUAUCAAAAGGCAUUUACAUCCUGUGCACAGGAAGUAAUGACAUUACCAAUACUUACGUAUUUAGGCGAGUAGAAUAUGACAUUCAAGCAUACACAGACUUAAUGGCGUCACAAGCCACAAACUUCUUGCAGGAACUUUAUGGACUAGGAGCUAGAAGGAUUGGAGUAGUUGGUUUACCGGUUCUAGGGUGUGUGCCCUCACAGAGAACAAUUGACGGAGGCAUAUCCAGAGCAUGUUCAGAUUUUGAAAACCAGGCUGCAGUGCUCUUCAACAGCAAGCUCUCAUCCCAAAUGGAUGCUCUUAAGAAACAGUUUCAAGAGGCUAGACUUGUCUAUCUUGACCUUUACAACCCAUUACUACAUUUGAUUCAAAACCCAGCUAAAUAUGGUUUUGAAGUAAUAGACAAAGGAUGCUGUGGCACAGGAAAUUUGGAAGUAAGCUUAAUGUGCAACCAUUUCGUCUUGCACAUAUGUUCAAACACCUCAAACUACAUAUUCUGGGACAGUUUCCAUCCUACACAAGCAGCCUAUAAUGUAGUUUGCUCUCUGGUGCUUGAUCACAAAAUCAAGGACUUCUUCUAAUGCCAGUUUCAUUGUAAAACUCUCAAUAAUAAAUAAACAUUAUAAUAAUUACAUGCAAUGCUCACACAAUAUACUUCAAAAUUAUAAAAUGGUUUUUCAAA